AUGAAUCUCCCUAGGCGGAGUAGGAAACGGCGGCGCUCGACGUUAGGCUCCGAUUCCUCGGGAUGCAGCAGCGGUGAUGGCAGUGACAGCCCGCAGCUCUCCCGGUCGGUGUUGAGCCCGCCUGCGGGUCUGGGACGCAGCUUGAAAGAUCGCCGCCGCUCUCCAGGUGCCUUUGCCGGAGAAUGCAAGUCAACAGUUCCUGAUGACCAAACAGAUAAACUGCUUUUGGCAAAUUGGGGACUUCCUACAGCUGUUCUAGAGAAAUAUCACAGUUUUGGCGUAAAGAGGAUGUUUGAAUGGCAAGCAGAGUGCCUUUUGCUUGGACAAGUCCUAGAAGGAAAGAAUUUAGUUUAUUCAGCUCCUACAAGUGCUGGAAAAACUCUAGUUGCAGAGUUACUUAUUUUGAAGCGAGUUUUGGAAAUGCGGAAAAAAGCUUUGUUUAUUCUGCCUUUUGUGUCUGUGGCAAAAGAGAAGAAAUACUAUCUCCAGAAUCUGUUUCAGGAAGUAGGAAUAAAAGUAGAUGGUUAUAUGGGCAGUUCCUCUCCAGCAAGACAUUUCUCUUCCUUGGAUAUUGCUGUCUGCACAAUUGAGAGAGCCAAUGGUCUGAUCAAUCGCCUCAUAGAGGAAAAUAAGCUGGAUUUGCUAGGAAUAGUGGUUGUGGAUGAAUUACAUAUGUUGGGAGACUCUCACCGAGGGUAUUUGUUGGAGCUUUUGCUGACCAAGAUUUGCUAUAUUACUCAGAAAUCAGUGUCUUGCCAAGCAGAAUUAGCCAAUCCUGUGUCUAAUAUUGUACAAAUUAUUGGGAUGAGUGCAACUCUUCCUAAUUUGGAACUUGUAGCUUCCUGGUUGAAUGCUGAACUCUACCACACUGACUUUCGUCCUGUACCAUUGUUGGAGUCAAUAAAAAUUGGAAAUUCUAUAUAUGAUUCCUCUAUGGAGCUUGUAAGGGAAUUUCAACCCAUAUUACAAGUGAAGGGAGAUGAGGAUCAUGUUGUUAGCUUAUGUUAUGAGACAAUUCGUGAUAACCAUUCAGUAUUAAUUUUCUGCCCCUCAAAGAAAUGGUGUGAGAAACUUGCAGAUACCAUUGCUUAUGAGUUUUACAAUCUGCGCCAUCAAGCAAAGGGUAAGUUAGGUUCAUCUGAACUUCUGCCAGUGUUUGUGGAACACAAGGGUAUCCUAGAAGUGAUCAAUCAAUUAAAACGUUUGCCUUCAGGACUGGAUUCUGUCUUGCAAAAAACCAUACCAUGGGGAGUUGCAUUUCAUCAUGCAGGUCUUACUUUUGAGGAGAGGGAUAUCAUAGAAGGUGCCUUUCGUCAAGGUCACAUCCGGGUCUUAGCAGCAACUUCUACUCUUUCAUCCGGGGUGAAUUUACCAGCACGUCGUGUGAUUAUCCGAACUCCUGUGUUCAGUGGUCGAUCUCUAGAUAUUCUUUCUUAUAAGCAGAUGGUUGGCCGUGCUGGUCGGAAAGGAGUGGACACAUUAGGUGAAAGUAUCUUAGUUUGUAAGAAUUCUGAGAAGACAAAGGGUAUUGCUCUGGUCCAGGGAUCUCUAAAACCUGUUUGCAGCUGUCUCAGAAGACAAGAAGGAGAAGAAGUAACCGCGAGCAUGAUAAGAGCUAUUUUGGAGAUUAUAGUUGGUGGAGUGGCAAGUACGUCACAGGAUAUGCAGACUUAUGCCUCUUGUACAUUUUUGGCUGUGAGUUUGAAAGAAGCAACACGGGGAAUUCAGGAAAAUCAAGAUUCUGUCCAAGUUGGUGCAAUUGAGGCCUGUGUAAUGUGGCUGCUUGAAAAUGAAUUCAUUCAGAUCACUGAAGCGAACGAUGGAACAGAAGGUAAAUUGGUUCUUAUAUAUCAUCCAACACAUCUGGGUUCAGCAACACUCUCUUCUUCACUUUCUCCAACUGAUACUUUAGAUAUUUUUGCUGACCUCCAAAGAGCAAUGAAGGGCUUUGUUUUAGAGAAUGAUCUACAUAUUGUCUAUCUGGUUACACCUAUGUUUGAGGAAUGGACUAGUAUUGAUUGGUAUCGGUUUUUCUGUUUAUGGGAAAAAUUGCCAACUUCCAUGAAACGGGUCGCAGAGCUAGUGGGAAUUGAAGAAGGAUUCUUGGCUCGCUGUGUGAAAGGAAAAGUAGUGGCCAGAACAGAGAGACAAAACCGACAAAUGGCCAUCCAUAAAAGGUUCUUCACCAGUCUUGUGCUAUUAGAUUUAAUUAGUGAAGUUCCCUUAAAGGAAAUCAACCGGAAAUAUGGGUGUAAUCGUGGACAGAUUCAAUCUCUGCAACAGUCAGCUGCAACUUAUGCAGGAAUGAUUACAGUGUUUUGCAACCGCUUGGGCUGGCACAACAUGGAGCUACUACUUUCCCAGUUUCAGAAACGCCUUACAUUUGGCAUCCAGAGAGAGUUGUGUGACCUGAUCCGGGUGUCCUUACUUAAUGCACAGCGAGCCAGGUUCCUUUAUGCUUCUGGCUUUCUUACUGUGGCAGAUCUUGCCAGAGCAGACAUCACUGAGGUGGAGACUAUUCUGAAAAAUGCUGCACCUUUUAAAAGUACCCGGAAGGCAAUAGAUGAGGAAGAGGAAGCAGUAGAAGAACGUCGGAACAUGCGAACUAUUUGGGUGGCUGGAAGAAAAGGUUUGACUGAAAGAGAAGCAGCAGCUCUCAUAGUGGAAGAAGCCAAUAUGAUUCUGAAACAGGAUUUAGUUGAAAUGGGUGUGCAGUGGAAUCCACAUUCCCAUUUAAAAUCCAAUUCUUCAUCUUGCAGUGACUCAGAAAUAAAGGAACAUAAAGUGGUCUCUAAAACUAAGCAUUUUUGUAAGAGACUAAGGAAAAAUUGUAAUGCACUAUCAAGGCAAAAAAAUACUACAGUGUUUGAUGAGUCUUCUGUUAUUUAUCCACCAAAUACAGUGCGAGAUUUAAAUAAAAGUCAAGACCAUACAGAUUAUUUUUAUUGUAAGCCUCAGGAUGGGAAUCAAGAAAAUCAAGUAUAUUGCACUUCCAGAGCUAGAAAAAGGACUUCUUCGAGUAUAAAUAACAAGAAGUUAGGAACAUCUCUGAGGAAAACAGGCAGUAAGAUUGUUGUUCAAACUGUCUCAUCUGAGAAAACUGAAAAAGAAGCUUUGAAUUUCAGUUUGGAAAAGACUAGUACAAACUUUGGGCCUUUGAAACCAAAUAAAUAUUUAAAGCACUCGAGACACAGUAGCCCAGUGAAAAAUACUGGGAUGUCUAUAAUUGAUGUACAAGAACAGCCCACAUCCAAUUCCAUUUAUUGUGAAAAUUCAUUUACCUCUAAUGAGAACAAUAUGAAAUUUAGAACUUCGGAGCCAUCUGCUAAAAGGGCAUCAUUUGUUGGCAAAGGAAAACACAAUAAACAAAGAGAACAAAAUUGUUCACCGAAUAGAAUCGUUGUUAAUGAUAUUCUUGAGGAACAGACUAUAACAGAACACCCAAAUAAAGCAGUGACCUCUCAAACCACUAAUGUAGUUUGUAAAAAUGGAAAGGGACUAGCUGUUCUUGAGUUUGAAAAAAUAAACAGCACUUUAAUACAAAGUGAUUUGAAAAACCAGAAUGUGAAAUCCUGUGAUUCUGAUCUGACUACUCCGAGUUUGGAAAAUGAGUCCAAUAAAGAAAUAAAUACUUAUACCAAAGAAAAAAAAGUAAUAGAUAAACAAAUGCCCUGUGAGACCAUCAGUAUUUGUAGAAAUAGAACCUUAAAAGUUACUGAAUGUGAAAGCAUCAAAUUUAAGACUCAGAAAAAUAAAUUAAAUGGUUUUCAAGUAUUGGGAGAUAAAAUAAGCAGCAUUGAUACACCUACUGGACUACAGCUACCAGCUGAAACAUUUGAUAAAUCUGGAAACCAGCAUGAAAAUUGUAUGAAUGCCUUUGAAAUAAAGGAAAACACAGGUGCUUAUAAAAUAAACAAAACUAAAACUAAUUUUUUUUCUAACAUUGGUUUAGAUUUUGAAGAUAGUUUCAAUCUGGAUACCCAGUCAGAAAAUAUAAUACAGCAGAUGACAAUUUUAAAUGCCAAAGAAGAAACAAAUAUCACCAGUCUAGCAACAGAGAUAAUGCAAAAGAGCUUUGAUAAAAAGAGCUCGAAAAGCUUUUUAUACAAGGAGACUCAAACAGCUAUUCCUGAGGAUCUACAUUUCCCAGAAGUAACAAAUACAGAUAAUUUGGAACUUAAAACAGUAGUUAUGAAAGAAAGUUCUGAUUCACAUGCAUUUGAUAACCUGAUUUCAGACAGCCCAAUUUUGUAUUCUCCAGUAUUCAUGGGGGAAAAUGGCCCUUGUUUUAAAAGGAAUGAACUUUCUGUUACUGACUCCCAAUUAAAUAGUUUUCUUCAAGGUUAUCAAACUCAAGAAGCUAUUAAACCAAUUAUAUCUCUGGUUCCUCAAAAGUCAACCCCUACUGGCACAGAGGUAGAAUGUCUACCAAUUCGUGAAACAAGUUUAAAUUUGAGUGAUAAUUUACUAUUUGAUAGUUUUAGUGACGAUUGCUCAGUCAAAGAACAACCUGAUGUACAAGUGAAAGAACCCCUUCCUUCUGAAAUAGUAUCAGUCCAUUUUAAGAAUUCUUCGUGUCUUCAACCAGAGGGCCCAAUUAAAAAGGAAAAUGCGAAUCAAGAUAAUCAGCAGCAAAUGAUUUCUUUUAGUGAUGAGUCUAUUAUAUUUUCAGAAAUGGAUUCAGCUCCCAUGGUUGAAGCUUUGGACAAUAGAGAUGCAUUUUCUAGUCAAGAGAAACCUAAUUCUUCUCAUAGGCCUUUAGAAUUCAAUGAUUCAGCAAUUGUAAAUAACAGUUAUCUAAAAAGAGACAGAAUUGAAGGAGAUAAGGAUGAAAAGUCUCAAAAUUGUAUAUUAGCUGGGACCGGGCAAAAAAACUCAUAUGUAUGGUCAGAGACCUCGUUUGAUUUAAGUACAGGACUGCAAAGAAUUUUAGAUAACGUGUCCACUCCUCUAGGAAGUGAAGGACAGAAAGAGGAACAUACAGAGUUAAGUGACAAGCAGGAAGUGAUUUUGAAUUUGGAUACAAAUGAGGUGCAUGGAAUUUUAUUUUCCUCUAAUACAGAAGCACAAAGCAAGAUUGAAUUACUUGAGAAUAAUAUCAUUCACAGUGAACCCUCAUCUCUCUUGGCGCAUAAAGAAAAUUGUGUUGAUGAUAAUGGUCUCAUUCCUCCUACACCCAUUCCAGAAUCUGCUUCUAAACUCACAUUUUCAGGUGUUUGUGGGAGAUCUGUAAAUCUUCAGAAAACAAAUAGUGUUUCACAACUUGGUGAAAGUCAUUCAUUGGAUUCACCUUCAAAUGUUAAAAACCUCAAUUUAAGUUUGGAGUGUAGAAGUGUUUUCAAAGACAACAGUCCUAUUCAAGACACAAGUUUUUCACUCCAGUUUUCACAAGAUGAAUUGCAAUUAACUUCAUUCUCAUGCAGUUCAGAAAGUCUGGCCAUAAUUGAUGUGGCAAGUGACCAAAAUCUCUUUGAAACAUUUAUUAAAGAGUGGCAGUGCAAAAAGCGAUUUUCUAUUUCACUGGCUUGUGAAAAGCUUAGCAAUUUGACAUCAUCUAAAAGUGCUACUAUUGGUGGUAGGUUUAAGCAAGCUAACUCACCUCAGGACUCUAUUAGAGACGAUGGAUUUCCUGUUAAAGGUUAUGAUGACCUCUUGGUAGUUGGACUGGCAGUAUGUUGGGGUGGAAGAGAUGCUUAUUAUUUAUCAUUACAGAAGGAACAAAAGCAUUCUGAAAUUAGUGCCAGUUUGGUUGCACCUUCUUUGGAUCCAAGGCUGACUGUGAAAGAGAGACUGUCGCAUCUUCAAUCUUGUUUCCGAAAAGACUCUGACAAGGAACGUUCUGUUAUCAUCUAUGACUUCAUCCAGAACUAUAAAAUUCUUCUACAGUCUUGUGGCAUCUCCCUAGAACACAGUUAUGAAGAUCCUAAGGUGGCAUGCUGGUUACUAGAUCCUGAUUCUAAGGAGCCAACUCUUCACAGCAUAGUUACUAGUUUUCUUCCUCAUGAGCUUCCACUCCUGGAAGGGAUAGAAACUGGUCAAGGAAUUCAAAGUCUGGGCCUCAAUGUAAGUACUGAGCAUUCUGGGAGAUACAGAGCAUCUGUGGAGUCCAUUCUCAUCUUCAACUCCAUGAAUCAACUUAACUCUUUGUUGCAGAAGGAAAACCUUCAAGAUGUUUUCCAUAAUGUAGAAAUGCCCUCUCAGUACUGCUUGGCUUUGUUAGAACUGAAUGGAAUCGGCUUUAGUACUACAGAAUGUGAAAGUCAGAAACAUAUAAUGCAAGCCAAACUGGAUGCAAUUGAGACUCAGGCCUAUCAACUUGCUGGACACACUUUUUCCUUCACAAGUUCCGAUGACAUCGCUGAGGUUUUAUUUUUGGAAUUGAAGUUGCCACCAAAUGGAGAGAUAAGAAACCAAGGCAGCAAGAAAACCUUGGGUGCUACCAGAAGAGUGAAUGACAGUGGACACAAGCUGAAGCUGGGAAAAAAGUUCAGCACUAGUAAGGAUGUUUUAAAUAAAUUAAAGACAUUACACCCUUUACCAGGCUUGAUAUUAGAGUGGAGAAGAAUAACAAAUGCUAUUACCAAAGUGGUCUUUCCCUUACAACGUGAAAAACAUCUGAACCCCUUUCUGGGUAUGGAAAGGAUCUAUCUGACAUCACAGUCACACACAGCUACAGGAAGAAUCACUUUUGUAGAGCCAAAUAUUCAAAAUGUGCCAAGAGAUUUUGAGAUCAAAUUACCAACACUAGUAGAGGAGAGCCCACUUUCCGAGGCUGCAGGCAGAGGUCUUGUUCAUAAUGGCAGGGGAAGAAACAAGAAGGAAUUGGAUGUAAGCCCUGGGCACCAGGGAGAGAUAGAGGAGAAAACCUCAGACAGGAGAGUGCCAUUUUCUGUUAGCAUGCGACACGCCUUUGUGCCUUUUUCAGGUGGUUUCAUAUUAGCUGCUGAUUAUUCUCAACUUGAACUGAGAAUCUUGGCUCAUUUAUCCCACGAUCAACGUCUUAUUCAAGUACUAAACUCUGGAGGUGAUGUUUUCAAAAGUAUUGCAGCUGAAUGGAAGAUGAUUAAGCCAGAGUCUGUUGGAGAUGAUUUGAGGCAACAAGCAAAGCAGAUUUGUUACGGAAUAAUUUAUGGAAUGGGAGCUAAAUCUUUGGGAGAGCAGAUGGGCAUUCAAGAAAAUGAUGCUGCCUACUAUAUUGACUCCUUCAAAUCUAGAUAUACAGGAAUUAAUCAUUUCAUGAAAGAGACAGUAAAGAACUGUAAAAGAGAUGGAUUUGUUCACACCAUUUUGGGAAGGCGCAGAUAUUUACCAGGAAUUAAAGACAACAAUCCUUAUCAUAAAGCUCAUGCUGAGCGUCAGGCUAUCAAUACCACAGUCCAAGGAUCAGCAGCUGAUGUUGUUAAAACAGCCACAGUUAACAUUCAGAAGCAGUUAGAGAUUCUUCAUUCAACCUUCAAGUCCCACAGCCAUCGGGAGGCUGUGCUCCAAAGCAACAGAAAAGGUUUGUUCCCAGAAAAAAAACUUCAAGGCAAUUUCUGCCCAAUCAGAGGUGGUUUCUUCAUCCUUCAACUCCAUGAUGAACUCUUAUAUGAAGUGGCACAAGAGGAUAUUGUUCAGGUCGCUCAGAUUGUGAAGAAAGAAAUGGAAAAUGCCAUAAAGCUUUCAGUGAAACUGAAAGUGAAGUUGAAAAUAGGUGCCAGCUGGGGAGCACUGCAGGAUUUUGACAUGUGACUGAUCACUGUAGUGUGGGAAUAAGUAGAACUUUCUUCCUGCUGUCCUCCAGAUGCCUUAAAAAGAAUGAACAUUACCCUCCAUCCUCUUCAUGAAAACAGACGACACCAAGUUAGAGACUUAGAUUUAUUUGAGGCACU